AUGGCGUUUUGUUCCUCUAGUUCCUUCAGUACCUUCAGUACCUCUAGUACUUCUAGUACCUUUAGUUCCUCUAGUUCCUUCAGUACCUCUAGUACUUCUAGUACCUCUAGUACCCCUUGUUCCUCCAGUACCUCUAGUACCUUCAGUUCCUCUAGUAUUUCUAGUACCUCUCGUUCCUCUAGUUCCUUCAGUAACUUCAGUACUUCUAGUACUUCUAGUACCUCUACUACCUCUAGUUCCUCCAGUAGCUCUAGUACCUUCAGUUCCUCUAGUACUUCUAGUACAUUUAGUUCCUCCAGUACCUCUAGUACUUCCAGUACCUCCAGUACCUCCAGUUCCUUUAGUUCCUCCAGUAGCUCUAGUACCUCAAGUACCUCCAGUACCUUCAGUAAGUUCAGUACAUUUAGUACCUCUAGUACUUCCAGUACCUCCAGUACCUUUAGCACCUCCAGUUCCUCCAGUACCUCCAGUACCUUCAGCACCUCCAGUUCCUCCAGUAUCUCUAGUACCCCUAGUACCUUUAGUACCUCUAUUUCCUUCAGUACCUCUAGUACUUUUAGUACCUCUAGGACCUCUAGUUCCGCCAGUACCUCUAGUACCUCUAGUACCUCUAGUACCUUUACUACCUCUAUUUUCUUCAGUACCUUCUGUACCUCCAGUACCUCUAGUACUUCCAGUAUCUCCAGUUCCUCCAGUACCUCUAGUACCUCUAGUACCUCAGCGGGCCGGCCCGUCAUCAGCGGGUGA